AUGUCUGAGGCGGGCGGUGCGGCGGCGGCCGCGCUGCCCCGGCGCCGCUCCGGAGGCAUGCGGGCGGCCUGGGGCUCCGUCUGGUGCCUGUGCCUGGCGGCGGCCGUCGGCGGGAUGCCGGUGGCGCGGCGGGGCGGCGGCAAGGCGGCGGCGAGGAGCGGCGGGCAGCCGGCAGAAUACUUGAGGAGUGAGACCGCCUUUCUGGAAGAGUUGGUGUUUGGAAAUGGAGAUACCAUUGAACUUUCCUGUAACACCCAAGGCUCUUCUGUGUCCGUUUUCUGGUUUAAAGAUGGUAUUGGAAUUGCACCUACCAACAGAACUCAUAUUGGACAAAAACUGUUGAAGAUAAUCAAUGUGUCAUAUGAUGACUCGGGGCUGUAUAGUUGCAAGCCAAGGCAUUCCAACGAAGUCCUGGGAAACUUUACAGUCAGAGUUACAGAUUCCCCUUCGUCAGGUGAUGAUGAGGAUGAUGAUGAUGAGUCAGAAGAUACAGGUGUCCCCUUCUGGACCCGGCCAGAUAAAAUGGAGAAGAAGCUGCUGGCAGUUCCCGCCGCCAACACCGUUCGCUUCCGAUGUCCAGCGGGUGGAAACCCAACUCCUUCCAUCUACUGGCUGAAAAAUGGCAAGGAGUUCAAAGGGGAGCACAGGAUCGGGGGCAUUAAGUUGCGACACCAGCAGUGGAGCCUGGUGAUGGAGAGUGUUGUGCCCUCAGAUCGAGGGAAUUACACCUGUGUCGUGGAGAACAAGUAUGGCAACAUUAGGCACACGUACCAGCUUGAUGUAUUAGAAAGGUCACCCCACCGACCAAUCCUGCAAGCAGGGCUCCCUGCCAACCAGACUGUGGUGGUAGGGAGCAAUGUGGAGUUUCACUGCAAGGUCUACAGCGAUGCCCAGCCUCACAUCCAGUGGCUGAAACACGUGGAAGUCAAUGGCAGUAAAUAUGGACCCGAUGGGACCCCGUAUGUCACAGUGCUGAAGACGGCAGGUGUUAACACAACGGAUAAGGAGCUAGAGAUUCUGUACUUGCGAAAUGUUACUUUUGAGGAUGCUGGGGAAUAUACUUGUCUCGCAGGGAAUUCUAUUGGGUUCUCACAUCACUCUGCUUGGCUGACGGUGCUACCAGCUGAGGAGCUCAUGGAGAUGGAUGAUUCGGGCUCAGUGUACACUGGCAUUCUCAGUUAUGGCACUGGCUUUUUCUUCCUUCUCCUGGUGCUGGUCUUGGUGAUUGUCUGGAGGAUGAAAAUGCCAAACAAAAAAGCCAUGAACACCCCCACUGUUCAGAAAGUCUCCAAAUUCCCACUCAAGAGACAGCAGGUGUCGCUGGAGUCCAACUCUUCCAUGAAUUCCAACACGCCCCUGGUGCGGAUCACGCGCCUGUCCUCCAGCGAUGGGCCAAUGCUGGCCAACGUUUCCGAGCUGGAGCUGCCUCCAGAUCCCAAGUGGGAAUUGACACGUUCUCGCCUGACCUUGGGGAAGCCGCUCGGUGAGGGGUGUUUCGGCCAAGUGGUGAUGGCAGAAGCAAUUGGGAUUGAUAAGGACAAGCCAAACAAGGCCAUCACAGUUGCUGUCAAGAUGUUAAAAGAUGAUGCCACAGACAAAGACCUUUCUGACCUGGUCUCUGAGAUGGAAAUGAUGAAAAUGAUUGGGAAGCACAAAAACAUCAUUAACCUCCUCGGUGCCUGCACGCAGGACGGACCACUCUAUGUGUUGGUGGAAUACGCAUCAAAGGGGAACUUGCGGGAGUACCUCAGGGCACGUCGCCCACCUGGCAUGGACUAUUCCUUUGACACCUGCAAGCUGCCCGAGGAGCAGCUGACGUUUAAGGACCUGGUUUCCUGUGCCUACCAGGUGGCACGGGGCAUGGAGUACUUGGCAUCUCAGAAAUGCAUUCAUCGCGACUUGGCAGCCAGGAACGUGUUAGUCACUGAAGAUAAUGUGAUGAAAAUAGCUGAUUUUGGCCUGGCUAGAGACGUUCACAACAUUGACUAUUACAAGAAAACCACCAAUGGUCGGCUGCCUGUGAAAUGGAUGGCUCCAGAAGCCUUGUUUGACCGGGUCUAUACUCACCAGAGCGAUGUCUGGUCUUUUGGAGUGCUACUAUGGGAGAUCUUCACUUUGGGAGGGUCUCCAUACCCAGGAAUUCCGGUUGAGGAGCUCUUCAAGCUCUUGAAGGAAGGCCAUCGGAUGGACAAACCUGCAAACUGCACCCAUGAUUUGUACAUGAUCAUGCGGGAGUGCUGGCACGCCGUCCCCUCGCAGCGACCCACCUUCAAGCAGCUGGUGGAAGACCUGGACAGGGUCCUCACUGUGACGUCCACCGAUGAGUACCUGGACCUCUCGGUGCCCUUCGAGCAAUACUCGCCGGCUGGCCAGGACACCCACAGCACCUGCUCCUCAGGGGACGACUCGGUCUUUGCACAUGACCUGCUGCCCGAUGAGCCCUGCCUGCCCAAGCACCCGCCCUGCAACGGCGUCAUCCGGACGUGAGGACUCCCAGGGCACGUGGACAGACGGACGGACGGGUGGGCAGCGUGCCCAUGGAGGCGCGAGUGUGGGGCGCCAAGUGUGAAACCAUAGUGAAGGAUCUUCCAGUGGAACUCUGUGAUGGUGCCUGGAGAUUUGUGUUGCUGACAAGCUGUUCAGGGUAAAAAGAAAAAAAAAAGUAACUUUUUUAAAAUAUUUUUUUUUAAUAUUUUUCUUUCUCCCUAUUGCUGUAUGAAAAGUCAAGAAGCACUGUUUGGCCUGAAGGAACUAAUCUCUUGCCAAGAUGAUCUAUCCUAGAUGAUUUUUUUUGUUUGGUUGUGUUUUUUUUUGUUGUUGUUUUUUUUUUUGUUUUGUUUUUUGGUCUUUUUGUUUACUUUUCAUUUUGUUAGGGAUUUUUUCUUUACCACGCAGAAUGUUGAACCUGGGGGCUGCUGACCUCCCAGCCUCCGCACUUGCGUUCCGAGUGCCAGAGUAACCGUUCUGUGCCUGCAAUACGAAGAAAAGAGAAAAAGAAAUCUUCCUUUAAAAAGAAAAAAAAAAAAGAAACACAUGCAAAAAAAAAAAAAAGGGGUGUAAAGAAUGUGGAAAUUCUUUGCUUAUGCAAUCUGUACAUGAACCUUUUUGGUGGAGCUGAAAAGCCACGUUGCCUGCAGGGAUUCAUAUAUUUAUAAAAAUAUCUAUAUUUUUGUUGUCGUCGUUUUUAUAGCUUCAUGAUCAUACUACCCAGCUACAUAGAAGGAAUCCUUUUUGGAAGAAGAGAAAACAAAGCUAAAUGCAAAUUUUCAUGGAGAAAUGAAAGUAAGAAUAGUAAAAAAGAUGGUCAAGUCAUCUGGAGUGUCACCACCUUGGCCCUUGCAUGGGGCUGGGAGCGAUGGGUCCGUGCAGAUCCCAGGGAUGGGCAGAGACCCUGUGGGGUCCCUGGGGAGCAGAGCAUCACCCACCUGAGAGAGGAGGGUGCCCUGAGACCUGGCUCCUGGGUGCCCACACGGCAUCUCAAGUCACAUCUUGACCUUUGAGAGCAGCCAUUUGGGGAGGAAAAAGGAAUAAAUCUCGUUUUUGGGGUUUGCCUGUUCUUGCUUGCCAAGGGUGAGUGUGGGGAGCAGCUCCUCCGUGCACCCCUCGACGCCAGAGGUUUGGCUCCAUCUACAAGCAGUGACUUGGAGAAAGAAGUUACGGGUACCUGUAGGCAAGAGCCUUUAACUUAUAUCAAAAAGGUUUAUUCCAGAGAAUCUGUGUAUAUAUCUAUAAAUAUAUCAUGUAUAUAUAUAAAUAAAUAUAUUAAAAGAAAAGAAUGUAUAAUACUAAUGCAACAUAAAGCAGUACUGAGAGAGAGAGAGAGAGAGUCUCAAAAUACGAGCAUUGCAAUCUAGGAUAUACUGAUCUGGGCAAAAAAAAGAUGUUUUUGAUUGUUUGUUUUAUAUCUUCACAGUUUUGUUUUAAAAAUUGUACCUUAACAUGUAUAUUUGUAAAGUUAUUUAUAGACAUUAACAUAUCUGUUCAUUGGUUUAAAUAGCAUAGCGUUACUGUAAACUUUAAAUUUCACCAAACUUAAGGGUGGUUUUUUUAACUUAUUAAAAAUGGAGAAAAAAUAUAUUAAUCAAGUUUUUCAUUUGUGUUUAUGGGAAAUAUUGAAAGAAUGUAUAGAUGUACAGUCCUUUAACAAAUUACAUUUAAUGUUAUAAAUAUAUAUAUGUAUUCAUUAAAAAAAUAUUAGUUUAUCCUGGAUUGCAGUGAGCAAAGGUAAGUUUAUUUUUCAAUACAUCACCAGUGGUUAAAACCAAACAAAUAGCCAGCAGAGAGAUGAUUUUUACAUAUUUCAGAAAAACAGGGCCAAGAAUUCUUCCAUCAGUUUAACCACUGUGCAUUAAGGGGGUGUGGGUGUUUAUUUUUCUAUUUUCAAAUGAAGGUAUUCUUUGUGGUCGAUUUAAUAACAAGUAUGCAGCAAAGUGAAAUGUUGACUUUGGAUGGUGCAGGGUAGGUUUUUUUCUCUUCCCUUUUGCCAGUACUGUUGUAUUUUGGGCUUCAGAAAUGCCAUGUGAGCAAAAUAGUGACACUGUUUGCAGGAGAGCUGCUGCAGCUGCAUGUUUCUUUUGCAUCUAACGCAUUGGAAAGUGCCAGUGAUGCCUGAUUUUUGGUGUUUAGAAUGCUGUGCUGUUUUGUUCCUCAAUGCCAGAUAGCUGUGGAAAAGCACAGGAGUGAACUAAAGCAUGUUAGCAUGGAUCAAGCUGACAGUGGGGGAGGUUUGGGCUGAGGAUUUUUUGUGGGUGGGUUUUUUUGGUGGUGUUUUUUUGUUUCUUUGUUUGUUUGUUUUGGGGUUUUUUUGUGGUUUUUUUUUUUUUUUUUUUUUUUUUGUCCAGAAGACUUCUUUAAUGUACUACCAGAAAGAGGCAAAGCAAAUUGCAUCCUGAAUUCCUUCUUUUCAUUUUUCUCUGGUGCAUAUUGCAUAUCAAUGUUGCAGAAAACAGGAUGGCAGCAUCUCAUUUAAAGAUUUUUUUUCUUCUUAGAGCCACAGAAUCCAUAUCCUAAAAUAAAUAAUUUAUAGUUUGAGGUUACUUCAAUGGAAGUUUGAGAAGGUAGAUUUCUAUAGAUUUUUGUUUUGUUGGAAUAAAAAAAAUUUUUUUUGGUAUUUUCUUACAAAUGUCUGCUAAUUGUGUACAUUCCAAGUACUCGAAGCAAAGUUUUCCUGUACUGAGAAAAGAAAAUGUACAAAACUGUGCAUGGUUUUAAAUGUUACUAGAUAUUAUAAAUAUAUAUAUAAUUUAUUGAGUUUUUACAAAAUGUAUCUGUUGUAGACUUGUUGACUUUAACAUUUCUUAUUCAAUGCUUAUAUAGUUUUAUAGCCUGGACUAUUAUCUUUAAAAAGCUUAAAAAAAUUUAAAAGUUCCAAUUUUGUUACAUUUUAUACUGUUGAUGUUACAAUCCACAGGUUUGCAUAGUGUGAUUUUUGCAAUGAGCAACUCUGUUCAGUUUAUUUUAAUACUGUACUUCUGUGCCUGACAGCUGCAGCUGUCGAAGGUGUGAGAUGAACACUAAAUAAAACUAUUCUGCUUUUGUUAACAUGGGAAACUUAC